AUGAACUAUCCCAGUUUGCCCAGCCCAGAAGAUGGAAAUGUUAUUUUGCUCGAUUCUGCAAGCUACGAUUCCCGGCUAUAUUCCCCUGAGUUGUCACCCGAGAUAGACGACAACACAAUUGUAAACAUUCUUGAUCCUGCUAAAGUUGAACCCAGCGGAGAUACACCACAGAGGUCCAGAUAUAAGUUCCGUAAUUUAUUUAAAGCUCUUUCUUGGAAAGGGAAGGACAAAUCUACUACAGUCAUUGACACCGAAGUAUCGCCAGAGGAACCGGCGUUGUACCUAUCUUUCGUUAAUGAUUAUCCCUCCAAAAGCACCACUUGUAAAGGUGAAAACAUUGACAGUUUUCGUCUAUCUAAAGGUGACAGCCUUUAUGAUAAUUCCAAGUCGUUGCAGCACUUAAAAUCUGGUUACUUCAGUGAGGAGGACUCACUUAAUGAAGAGCUGAAACUUGAGAGUGAAUUAGCCAGUCUUUCUAGGUUUCCCAAAAGUGCCACUACCAUCGACAAAUUGGAAUGUUGCAGCAUCACCUCACAAACAAAUGCGAAAACGUUGUCUAGGUCAAGGGGAAUCACCAGAAAGCUCUCUCAACUAUCAUUCAGAUUGAAAAGUAAACACACUGCACGAACUUCCACAGAAAAGCAACAUAAAAAAUGUUUGGGAAGCCAAAGUGACGAACGUAUACUCCUUGAUUUGCUAAGCCCAACUUGUGUGGGAAACUCUUCAACUUCACCCGAUUUGAAUCUAGUUGAAGGAUGGAGAUUUUCUGAUAAUAAGGUGCCAAAGCUGGUUCUUGAACCGUUACCUUUGAAAAUGAACUCCGAUUUCAAAAGCCAUUUCGUGUAUCAAACACUUGAAGAACCUGAAUUGGGCAAAGGUGCAAGCCUCUAUACCGAACUACGGAAUUUUCAAGAGGAGAAUAUUGAGAAAAUAUUGUACUACCCCUUUUCACAAGACGAUGUUGAUAAAAACUACUCACAAAAUCAUAACUAUCUGAAAAUAACUUGCUUAGAGGUUUAUGAGCAAUACAACUCAUUGUUCACGCAGGAUGGACUAGAUAACUUUAAUGUAAGAAGUAAUUCAUUACUAGCAAUCAGAUCACUAGACCUUCCCAAAAUUUUAGAGCUUUAUCUCAACCAGUUCUCCACUGAAGAUGAAGCAGCUAGUUCCAAGAAUAAAAGUAUCCAGUUCUUAAAAGAGCUGUAUUCAGAGGAGGUUUCUUUUGUGGUAAACCAACAAAGCUUUAUUAAUGGUAAUUUUAGCCCAAAAGUUUGGAACAUUUGGUCAAGUUUUGUCAAAGAUCAUACAACAAAUCAAAGAGAGAGUUACAUAUCCACCAAAAUAACAAGUUAUGAACAGCAAGUGAAAAUAAUGCACGGUGGAACAAACCUAUUGGAUUUCCAAUCACAAGAGAGAGGACCGCACAUAUACGUUCUCAAAGAUGGAGAAUAUCCAAUAUUUCAUGGGACUGGGAAACCAGUAGACAAAGGGGAAUAUAUCUUUGCCAUACCAAAAGAAAGCUCAAUUAGCAUUUGGAAAUCAACACUCUACUUGCUAUUCAAUGAAAGGUUUAACUUGAACACAACAGGUUACGAGAUUAUUGGACUUGGAUGGAGGCCGUACUUCUUUAAUGAAAGUGCUGGGUUACAAUUGACAUUCUUUGUCGACUAUCAUAAUCAAUACGAUGAAACUAUAGUCAAAUUAUUUUUGAAUGAACUUAGAUUGAUAAUUCCACAAGAACAAAAGCAAUUUUUCAAGAAAUGUGUUUCCAAGUUGCCUGGCAGUAAGAAGAAAAAGAAUAUCAAUAUAACAUGA